ACAUGUCGACCUUGGGCCACGCUGCUGGUGUUGUUUGUCGUAAAAACUGUGUUUUACAGCUUAUUAAAUGUCAGAGAUGUUUAAUACCACGUCGUCAGAACCAUGUUUGGGGAAACGUCAAUAACAGAGGAUCGAAUGUACUAGUGCAAAACUCCACGCAGGCACAAUUUAAGCAGGUCAGAUUUUACUCGGAAAACCAACAGCCAAGAAAUUUCUUUCAAAAACUAAUUAGCCAAGUUCAAGAAGAUCUGAAAAAGAACAAAGAAAUCAAGGAAAAUUUAAAGAAAUUUCGAGAAGAAAGAAAAAGUCUAGAGGAGUCAGAAGCAUUGUUAAAAGCAAGAGAGAAGUUUAAAAAGGUACAAGAAGAAACCAAGAAAAGUUCCACUGUCUUUCAGAAAACGUUUGAGGAUGUUAAAGAAAAAGUUUCAGAGACAGUUGAUGAAGUCAGUAAAUCAGAGUUUGGGAAAAAAAGUAAGGAAUUCACAGAAGAACUGGGGAAAACAGCUGGUAAAGCUGCGGAAACAAUUUCCAGUGCAGGAGAACAGCUCGCAAAGACCCAGCCGAUCAAGAAAGUUGCACAGGGUGUAAAAACAGUAUCUGAGGAAUUAGAUGAACUUGCCUUCUCCAGAAACAGAAUUUAUAAAGCUCCUGAGAAACCACUGAAGAGAUCAGAAUUCAGGACAAUAAAGAAGGAGGAGAAGGAAAUCAAAGUGGAUGAUGAAACCACAGGUGUAACAUUGCAUAAAGACUCCAAGUUCUACCAGAGCUGGCAGAACUUCAAGGAGAAUAAUGCCUACUUAAAUAAAAUGUUUGAAUUAAAGAUGAGAUAUGAUGAAAGUGACAAUCCAGCCAUUAGAGUAACCAGGGCUGUAACAGAUCUGAUAGGCAGGGCUCUAGGUAGUGUAAUGACACCUUCAACUCUAAGUGAGGCGUUGACAGAAAUCAACAAAUACGACCCAUCAUUCACUCCAGAAAGUUUUGCAUCGUAUUGUGAGACUAUUGUUGUCCCUCACAUCUUAGAGGCCAUGAUUAGAGCUGAUUUAGAAGUAUUAAGAGAUUGGUUACAUGAAUCCGCAUACAAUGUUACAUCAGCAAUACUAAAGCCUUACAUAGAAAAUAGAUACAAACCAUGUUCACAGAUCAUUGAUAUUGGGCGAGUGGAUGUUCUUGGAGGUCAAGUUAUGGAGCAGGGUCCAGUUUUACUUAUUCAGUUCCACGCUCAUCAGAUUGAAUGUUGGCGAGAUUUUAAAAAUGAAGUGGUUGUUGGUAGUCCAGAUGAUAUUUUUAAAAUGACCUACACUUGGGCUCUCUGCAGAGAUCAAGAUGAAUUAGACCCAAAGGCUGCUUGGAAACUGUUAGAAUUUAGUGCCACAAAAACGAACGUAGUUAUAUAAACACUUAUCAAAAACACUAGGCUUUUAACGUUAUAUGAAUGGUGCCAAAAAACAUGAAGGUGGUUCCUUCAUGAAAUCCUUGUCGUCAGUGUGAAACGUGUGAAGUAAUGAAAACAUGUGAAGUUAUGAAAAUGUGAAGGUGUUCCUUUCAUUUAAUGACAUGUACUGUGAAGUGAUGACAGAAAAAAUUCACACCUGUUUAACAUAGGUAUCCAUGUGAAGACUAUCAUUCCAUGAGUACAUUUGUAUGUGAUGUGGAAUUUAUGCGGUUACAAAGGUGCAUCACAUUUUAUAAACCAUUCAUACGCCCAUGCUCUUCGAUCUGUGUAUGAUAACUCAAACUUAUUUUAUGUGAGUUCAAUACCAUGCUUCAGAUGCAGUUCUUAUAUAUUUGAUAGGUGUUUGUUACUAAUGACAUGACUGAUAAUAGCUACAUGUACAAUAUCAAUCAGAUUGAACAAUAAUUUAUUUAAAUGAUUAAUAA